CUUGCUUUUCAAUUAAAUAAUCAGCAGUCGAAAGUCUCUUAAAUUGGAAUCAUUUGGAAGAGAGCCAUUAGUUUUUCUAGCUCUCCUCAUUGCACAUACAUUAAUUAGUAAAGGGAUCAAAACUGACAAUCAGUUUACAAAGCUUAUACCCUUAUGAGAUCGCCUCUAGUAGAUCGCAACUCUGGUAUUCAGAAUCUUGGAGAAGAGUCAGCGAAACUUCUGCUUGCACCAUUUGAUUACAAUCGUUCUUCAUCGGACGGAGAGAUUUGUCAAACUACAGCAAAUCCUGAAUCUUGCAUGGACUGGCCCGUUUCAAAGGCAGAUAUGACAGGAACACAAAACUUGAAUUCCGCAACGGCUAUUGCAAGACUUGCUCUUCCAGCCACUGCCUUCUCUAACUAUUGUCCAAAACCUGCUGUAAAUCGACAGAAGGAUGCUCCUCGCACCAGUAUCCGAGUAUGCAAACUUCGUUACUGGCAACGAGAUUAUCGGACAGCUUUCCCAAAUUUUGUGUUCUACUUGGAUAGUAUCGAUGAAGAAAUUAAGAGAAGAAUCAUUCAAAAAAUAUGCAGCCUUGGAGCGAAAGUUACAACGACCUUCUCUUUUGAGAUAACCCAUUUUAUAACAACAAGAACAGUCGAUCCUGAAAGAUGUUCUCCAUCAGACUUUCUCCAUUUAGCGAAAAAGGCAAACAUGAAAAUAUGGUCCAUUGAUAAACUUCUAAACAGAAUUCUAUUCACUUUCCUCGACCCCGACAGUCUUGGUAACACCUCCGCUUCCAGCUUGCAAGCACUUUUAGACGGCGAAAAAGUUUACGGGGCAUCGGAGAAGAAUUUUUACGUUCCAAGUAAAAAUGUAGAGUAUUUCCAAGAGAACUUUUUGUGCGUAAGAGACAUCACCCAGUUUUAUAAACCUAUUGUACUUCGAGAAUGGGAAAGACCUACUCAUAAUACGGAAAUUCUCUGGCCAACCUUAGGAAUGACAGUACAGGGAAGAUGCCCCUUUAACACUGGACGCAAGCGCGAGCUUAAGAUAACCAAGUAUAAUCAUCCAGCUCAAGAAAUUGGAGAUCAAUUGGCGAAUCAGACUUACAAACAAAAGAUGAUAAACCAUACUGAGCAAGAUCCUACAAGUGUCAUCGUAAAGCAAGUGAUGGGUGAUAUUACUGCCGCCGAAUCUGGAGUACCCUUUCAAAAACAGACUCCGGCUGAGCAGUUGAAAGUACCAAACCCAUUAACGAUGGUGAAGAGGUCAGCAAUGACCCCGCUGAAUAUUCUGGAGCCUCGACUUAUGAACAUGCAGAAUUCAACGGCUAGUCGAGCAACGCGAACACCAACUGGAGCUUAUGAGGUAGAUCCUUUAGCGCAUAAAAAAGUCAAGGUGGACGCAAAAGCUGGUUACUGCGAAAACUGUUGUGAGAGAUACAGAGAUUUGGAAAAGCACCUUCAAGGAAGGAGACACAGAGCCUUUUCGGAGAACAACGGAAAUUUUGCUAGCCUUGAUGAAUUUUUCAGUCAAGUUCAAAGACCGUUACGUUCGAAAUAAAGUUCG